AUGGACUCGGCCACCAUAAUUCGCCAGCAUCAGAGCAAUAUCCGUGUUCUACGGCCAAUUCUACGCGCAUACGCACUUGGUUAUUUAUCUUCAACUACUCCUAGAGUAAUAUCCUGUCUACGGCGAAUUCGGGGGCAUGGCUUAAGCUUCGGAGAGCAGCUCAAGGAGUUGUCCACCACAUUGACAAGUACUCUACGGCUGGAUGCUUUCCCGGCAUUCUGUGCUGUACUCGUAGGGGGCUCAACCGUCAUUCCUUUGAUUCUCUUACGAUGUCUUGCGCAUCUCGUUCGUAAGCUGGGUUUAAAACCCGGUCGUUCCAAUGCAUUGAUUCACAUGCGACUGGCUAGAUUUGUUUCUGCGUUACUGUCCGCUUGGUUCAGUUUUCAUAUUCUGAAUCAGAGGCCUAUCAGGUUGCAGAGAGCUUGCGACGAAUGUCAAGGUGGUACUGAUUCAAAAAAUGCUGCAGACCAGAGAAAGCUCGGACCGGAGCCGCAUGGCCAUCCCCAGUUCGCAGGUAGAACCAUGGACCUCACUCUUUUCAGCCUUACAAGAGCGGUCGAUUUGAUGGUCUACAUGGGUUGGGCAAAUUGGCGGCGAUGGCGAAAGUCAAAAAAUCAGUGGAGUCUAAUGGAGCGUGUUGCUCCUCAACUCGCAGAUGCGGGUGUGUUCGCCACGAGCGCAGCGAUAGUUAUGUGGGCAUGGUUUUAUAUGCCUGAGAGGCUACCAAGGUCUUACGGUAAAUGGAUAGGAGAAGUAGCAAAGGUGGAUGGCCGCCUGAUCGAAGCACUUCGCCGUGCUAGGCAGGGUGUCUUUGUGUACGGAAAAGACACCGGGCAAGCAUCACUACUUCAGUCCAUGUGCAAAGAUUAUAAUUGGCCCGUGGAAUGGGGAGACCCUUCCAAGACCAUCCCGAUACCGUGUGAGAUGGUCCACAUGGGUAGUGGUCAUAGCUGUGAAAAGCAUGCUCUGUCUCGAUUCACUCGAACAUUCAGUUUCGCCUGUGCUACCUACAUACCUUUACAGAUCAUCUUUCGUUUGCGGUCAGUAAAGUCCAUGGCAUCCCUCAAACAGCCCAUAGCUGCUGCCUUGCGCUCAUCUGCCUUCCUUGCUUCAUUUGUGAGCUUGUUCUACUACUCUGUCUGUCUUGCAAGAACAAGGAUCGGCCCCAAAGUAUUUCACCGCGGAACAGUAACUCCAAUGAUGUGGGAUUCUGGGCUCUGUGUCGGCGCCGGAUGCCUGAUGUGCGGUUGGAGCAUACUCGUGGAGAACGCACGGAAGCGACAGGAGAUUUCACUAUUUGUGGCUCCCAGGGCUGCUGCAACUGUUCUGCCAAGAUAUUACGAGAAACAGUAUCAACACCGGGAACGUAUAGCAUUUUCUAUCAGCGCCGCCAUUCUUCUGACUUGUCUCCAAGAGAGGCCUGAUAUGGUUCGGGGUGUAUUCGGUCGGAUCGGUAGAAGCGUGCUGGCGUGA